ACGGCAGGUGUCCACGUGACCCUGGCCUGCAGUAGGGUGGCUGCGGUGAGGUACCUGCGCUCGUGAAGGGUGGGUGGUUAGGUCGUAGCCACCGCAACCUCCGGCGGACUCUCCCGAGCGGCCAGGCUCGGGAAAAACGAGUCGACUGAGGCAUUCAUCGCUUAGUGCCUACGGCACGGGUCUGUUCUUUAUGCCACCUCCGCCUUCCUCGUCCCCACCUCUUUUCGGGUGAAGUCCCCUUUGGGUUUCGAGACCUUGGGGCCUGAGGCCCAAACUCGAAACGAACCCCCCACCCAUCCCUCUUUCCUUCUCAUCCUCCAUCUCUCCCUUUGCAUCACCGAAUCACUUAGCCGUUGAGCUGGCCAGCUCGGCGGUGCCUUGAGGCCAAGUUCGAGGCGGUAAAGGUAACGGUGGGGAAAGCAGCCCCCCAGUGGACAAAGGUGGAGGCAAGACUAGAGCAGGCCUAGGGGCCGCAGGCAAGGAGAAUAGGCGGCUGAGGGGGUGAACAGGAAAAAAAAAAGAGAGAGAGUACUGCGGAUUUAGAAGGGACUGGAAAGGACUUGUUGCACAAUGGAAGAAUCUGACUCUGAGCAAAAGAUGGAGAAAGAGAAUCUGGGGACGAGAAUGGAUCCUCCCAUAGGGGAACCGGAAGGAUCGCUUGGGUGGGUGCUACCAAAUACAGCCAUGAAGAAAAAGGUGCUGUUGAUGGGUAAAAGUGGGUCUGGUAAGACCAGCAUGAGGUCUAUUAUCUUUGCAAAUUAUAUUGCAAGAGACACACGUCGCCUUGGUGCAACAAUACUAGACCGUUUACAUAGUCUUCAAAUUAAUAGCAGUUUGAGCACCUACUCUCUCGUAGACUCUGUUGGAAAUACAAAGACAUUUGAUGUAGAACAUUCUCAUGUUCGAUUUCUGGGAAACCUGGUAUUGAACCUGUGGGACUGUGGUGGACAGGACACCUUCAUGGAAAAUUAUUUCACCAGCCAACGAGACAACAUCUUCCGUAAUGUGGAGGUUCUGAUUUAUGUCUUUGAUGUGGAAAGCCGCGAACUGGAAAAGGACAUGCACUAUUACCAGUCAUGCCUGGAGGCCAUUCUGCAGAAUUCUCCAGAUGCCAAAAUCUUUUGCUUGGUGCAUAAAAUGGAUCUGGUACAGGAGGAUCAACGAGACCUGAUUUUUAAAGAGCGAGAAGAAGAUCUGAGGCGUUUGUCUCGCCCAUUGGAAUGUUCUUGCUUCCGAACAUCUAUCUGGGAUGAAACUCUCUAUAAGGCUUGGUCCAGCAUUGUUUAUCAGCUGAUUCCCAAUGUUCAGCAGCUGGAAAUGAACCUAAGGAAUUUUGCUGAAAUUAUUGAGGCUGAUGAAGUGCUUCUAUUUGAGAGAGCCACUUUUCUGGUGAUUUCUCACUAUCAAUGUAAAGAACAGCGUGAUGUCCACAGAUUUGAGAAAAUCAGCAACAUUAUUAAGCAAUUUAAGCUGAGCUGCAGCAAGCUGGCUGCCUCUUUCCAGAGCAUGGAAGUCAGGAACUCUAACUUCGCUGCUUUCAUUGACAUCUUUACAUCCAACACUUAUGUGAUGGUCGUGAUGUCUGAUCCAUCCAUUCCUUCUGCAGCUACUCUGAUCAAUAUCCGCAAUGCCAGGAAACACUUUGAAAAGCUGGAAAGAGUGGAUGGACCAAAGCAGUGUCUUCUUAUGCGCUAGAACAUUGCCAAAUGCUGUUUCAGAAAAAAAUUGGAAUACUGUUUCUUAAUCUUAAUGUUGUAUUAGUAUAUAUAGGCUCUGAAAUGUUGUGAUGCUUAUCACUUCUGUAUUUCUUCCCUACUCCCCAGUCUUAAUGUUUAACCUUGAAUGCUAUUUACUCAAAUAGCCAGUGAGGAGUUAGAAGAUGAGCUGUUUAUGAAGUUGGUGUGACAUAUAAAUAGGUGAUAUAUAAGUGUUCUGAUAACAACGUUCUAAUAGUGCAGGUGUUCUGUUAACCUGGUUCCAGUUGUUGUGUAUGCCAAAGCCUUUCCCAGCGUCAUCUUGUAUUCCUUACCAGAGAGUAACCUAUACGUUUGGAAUAUUACUGUUUUCUCAGCAUGCAUUAAAAAUAUUCCUUAACUACAAUUGUAAAUAAACUUUUGCUGUUAGGGAUUUCAGU